GCAGCUGGCUGAGAGCUGCAGGGCUGCAGGCCAGUUAUCUGCAGACCCUGUUUCCCCCCCCCCUCCCAGAAUCUUUCCAACCUACUGCUGUCUGUUGAUGCCUGCGGUUGCGACCAACUAAAUGUUUCUCCUGCGUCUUAGGAAGGGUAUUUUUGCAGACCUCAGGGCCUCUCCAUCUUAUCUCCUAGGCCAUGUAUGCAUUUGAAGAAUUCAGCGAGCAGAGUAUUUGCCAAGCCCGGGCGUCAGUCAUGGUCUAUGACGAUACCAGUAAGAAAUGGGUGCCAAUAAAGCCCGGCCAGCAAGGGUUCAGCCGAAUCAACAUCUACCACAACACUGCCAGUAACACAUUUAGAGUAGUCGGAGUUAAACUACAAGAUCAGCAAGUAGUGAUUAAUUAUUCAAUUGUGAAAGGACUGAAGUACAAUCAGGCAACGCCCACUUUCCAUCAGUGGCGGGAUGCACGGCAGGUGUAUGGAUUGAACUUCGCCAGUAAGGAAGAGGCGACCACGUUCUCCAACGCAAUGCUGUUUGCUUUGAAUAUCAUGAACUCGCAGCAAGAUGGAGGUCCAACAACCCAACGCCAGGUUCAAAAUGGACCUUCUCCAGAUGAAAUGGAUGUUCAGAGAAGGCAAGCGAUGGAGCAGCAGCAGCGCCAGGAAUCUCUGGAAAGAAGAACCUCUACCACAGUCUCUACCAUUCAGAUUAAAGUGUCUUCUUCCCCUUUCCACGGCCACUCUCCUCCUCCUGACUACAGUAACUGCAAUGCUUCCACUACUGCCGCCACUGUUCCUCCACCACCUCCGUAUGCCAAAGUGAUCUCUUCAGCUUCUCCUCCUCUUCCCGAGCCCACUAGCAAAGCCUCUUCCAUCAGACCCCCUCACAGAGCCAGGGAAUCCCCUCUACUUAGCCACCGGCAUUCUGCCUCUGAUCUCUCGCCAACUCCUAGCCCGUCCAUUUGUCCAUCACGGCCAGGCCACAGGCCUGUUACAAGGACCACCAAACAAAUCUCUUUAUCCCCGCCGCCUGCACCGGCUUCCCAUUAUCCAUUCACCCCUCAGCAGCCCAUCAGACGUUCCUCUCUUUCGUAUUCUCCCUCUCCUCCUGUAACCCUCCUACCCCCUAUACAAAAGGGGUUGGUCCUGCAGCCCCAUAUUCCAGUAGUCCUUCCUGUGAUUCCGGCCCAGAACGGCAGAAUCAGAGGGUCUACAGACGCAGCGGUCCAAGAUGCCUCAGGAAACGUACCUCAUCUAGGUCUGAAUGGCCACCCUGAUGAACAUGUAGCCACACAAAUUCCUCUAACCCCCUCUGUGACCCAGGUAAAGAGAACAGACGAGGGCUAUUUCUCGUACUUGGAAGCUGUGCCCAUUUCACAUCUGCCUGUGAUAACCACCCCAGCUGGGUCCUUUAUCCAGGCUUUUUCACAACCUUCCCAACUUCCACCUCACGCUCCACAUCAUCUAUAUCAAUCCAUGUCACACUUUGUUUCGUUACCUCCCCAUUACGCUGCUGUGUCUGAGGUGAAUUUGUCCAAGAGGACCCCUCCUUACAUGACUUCAUCAACCAUUUCCCACUUGAGCCCCAUCCUUCCACCAGGUCAUCCCUCUGCUGCUGUUGGAAUACCCUUGUCGUCUGGUGGACCUUCUCCGCCUCCUCCUCCGCCGGUCCCUCCUCCGCCUACAGGAACUGCGCCGCCUCCCCCUCCCCCGCUGCCAGCGGGGACCGGCCCUGACGAUGGGUCAGUGUCGGGACUCGCAGCAGCUCUGGCUGGUGCCAAACUAAGGAGAGUACAACGGCCGGAGGAUGUUUCGGGAGGCUCCAGUCCCAGCGGCGCUUCCAAGAGCGAUGCCAAUCGAACAAGUAGCGGAGGAGGAGGACUAAUGGAAGAAAUGAAUAAAUUGCUGGCAAAAAGGAGGAAAGCAGCAUCACAGUCUGACAAGCCAGCUGACAAAAAAGAAGAGGAAAGCCAAAACGAAGAUGCAAGCACCUCACCUUCCCCCGUUACGCGAGGCCCUGUCCAGCAGCAGAAUUCUUCAGGAGAUGCUGGGAAGAAGCCUUGGGAAAGAAGCAACUCAGUGGAAAAACCUGUCGCUUCGUUACUCUCUAGGAUGAAGCCAGCAAGCAGCAGCAAUGACGUGGCAAUGGAUACCUUAGAUUUUGAUCGCAUGAAACAAGAAAUAUUGGAGGAAGUUGUAAAAGAGUUACACAAAGUAAAAGAAGAGAUAAUCGAUGCCAUCAGGCAGGAGUUGAGUAGAAUCAGCACAACAUAAUGUCUAUGGAGCCAUCCGGAAGGGACAAAGGAUGUGAAAGGCAAUUGGAUCAUUUAAGAGCGUACCGAGAAUCACGUGCGAUGGUGGAAGAG